AUGGCCUCGCAGGCCACGGCAGAGCAGCCCCCGGGCCCUGCCGCCAACGAUGCCACCCGCAAACAGAAAAAAGACCAGCGCAAGGAGCUCUACCCCAUGGUCAACUGGAAGUACGACAUCUUCCUCCACGUCAUGGGCAACGUCGCCGACCUCUUCUUCCGCGAGGUCGUCUCCCGCGGUUCCUGGAAGGUGCCCCAGUCCGGGCCCAUCCUCUUUGUUGCCGCACCUCACGCGAACCAGUUCGUCGACGGCCUCGUCCUCCAGCGCACCCUCCGCAAGGAGGCCGGUCGCCGCGUCUCCCUCCUCAUCGCCCAAAAGUCGGUCCAUGGCUUCAUCGGCUGGGCCUCGCGCCAGGUAUCCUCGGUGCCGGUCGGCCGCGCUCAGGACGCCGCGACGCCCGGAUCCGGCACCGUCUACAUGCCCGACCCGCUCGGCGACCCGACGCUGAUCCGUGGCGUCGGCACCAAGUUCGGCACCGGCGAGGGCGAGGUCCAGGGCAUGCUGUUCCUGCCCUCGGCCAAGGGUAUCAGCGGCGAGAGCAUGAACAUUCAGGCUAUCCUCGGCCCUGAGGAGAUUCGCCUCAAGCGAGCCUUCAAGGGCCGCCUCGCGAUGCAGCAGCUCACCGGCCGCGACGACGUCGACGAAGAUGGCCACUUCACUAACAAGAGCCUCCGCGGCAUUGCGCCUGGCUAUCAGGGCACCAAGUACAAGCUCGCGCCGCACACGGACCAGACGAGCGUCUACGAGGCCGUCUUUGACCGGCUCCGCAACGGCGGCUGCGUAGGCAUCUUCCCUGAGGGCGGCUCGCACGACCGCACCGAGCUGCUGCCGCUCAAGGCCGGCGUCGCCAUCAUGGCGCUCGGCGCGCUCGCCGAGUCGCCCGCGUGCGGCCUGCGCAUCGUCCCCGUCGGCAUGAACUACUUCCACGCGCACAAGUUUCGCUCGCGCGCCGUCGUCGAGUUCGGCAGCCCCUUCGAGAUCCCCCCGCACCUUGUGCGCAUGUACCAGGGUAACCAGCGGCGCGAGGCCAUCGGCCAACUGCUCGACACGGUGCACCAGGCGCUCAGCGCCGUCACCGUGUCGGCACCUGACUACGACACGCUCAUGAUGAUCCAGGCCGCGCGGCGGCUGUACAACCCGACGGGCAAGAAGCUGCCGCUGCCACUGGUCGUCGAGCUCAACCGGCGGCUGUCCAAGGGCUACGAGCGGUACAAGGACGACGCGCGCAUCACGGCGCUGUCGCGGGCCGUCAAGGAGUACAACGCGCGCCUGCGCUACCUGGCGCUCAAGGACCACCAGGUGCAGUACGCCAAGCUCAACGUGUUUGUCGUGGUCGCGCUGCUGCUGUACCGCUCCGCCAAGCUGAUCCUGCUCUUCUUCUGCUCGCUGCCGGGCCUCGUGCUCUUCUCGCCCAUCUUCGUCGCGACCAAGAUCAUCAGCCGCGAAAAAGCCAAGACGGCGCUCGCCGGCUCUACGGUCAAGAUUCGCGGCCGCGACGUCAUGGCCACCUGGAAGAUCCUGGUCGCGCUCGGCCUCGCGCCCACCGUCUACCACGCCUACUCCAUCGCCAUCGUCGCGCGCGUGUGGUACGACCGCUUCUGGGGGCUCGUGCCGGCGGCACUGCCUCUGUGGCUCGUAUACCUGAUGGUGUGGCCGGCCAUCAUCGGCAUCACCUUUGCGGCGCUGCGCUUCGGCGAGGUGGGCAUGGACAUCUUCAAGUCACUGCGGCCGCUGGUGCUGUGCGCGUUCCCGUCGUCCGGGUACAACAUCCACCGCAUGCGCGAGCAGCGCGCCAAGCUGAGCGCGCAGGUGACGGAGGUGAUCAACGAGCUGGGGCCGGAGAUGUUCUCCGACUUUGAGAAGACGCGUCUGGUGCCCGAUCCCAUCAAGCACGACACGACGACGACGGCCGCCGCCGCCGCCCCACCCGUGCCGGCCGGGGAGGGCCGCAGACGCGACAGCGAGGCGAGCGUGGACAUCUUCGUGGACCCGCCGGCGGACGGGGUGUCCUCGCGGACGCUGCCGCGCAACGACUCGUUCAGCAACAUCGGACACGUGGGCAUCUUCUCGACGCGGCCGCCGUCACGGUCACGGAGCCGGUCGCGGUCGAGCAGCGCGGGCGGCGGGCUGGGGCAAAGCGCGUUCCCGAUCAGCGGCUUCACGACGCUCGACUCGGCGGAGGGUUUCCACGAGGCGAGCCGCAAGAUUCGGCAGGCGAUGAAGGACCGCCGGCGCAAGUCGGACAAGCGACAGAUGGAGACGGGCGGCGGGGACGAGCAGGAUGACGAGAGCGAUGAUGAGGGCUACGACGAGGCGAGGAAGAAGGACAUCUAA